GGAGCAUCCACAGCCACGCCCUGCAAGGCGUCCUCCGCAGCGGAGCCAGCCGGUUCCUUCCCCGCUAUCCCACCAAGCCAGGCUCCCACGGGAGGAGGCCCGGAUUCUCAGACAUCUCCCGUCCCUCUUGCAGGCUGGCUGAGCCGCCCGCAGCGGAGCAGCCUCCCUCCGCCGCUCCCGAAUCCGCCGCGCAAGAGAUCCAGCGCCGUCCUCCCUCCUCGCCGCCAGAGGGCGCGAUGCCCUCUUUUUCCCUUCCGGGAGGAACCCGAGGGCGCCGGCCCGCGUUUCCGGCCGUGUUGCUUCAGGGACAGGAACCGACAUGGCGCCGCCCAGGCUCGUGUAGCGUGCGCGGCGAGUGGUCGGCUGGGCUGCGGCCGGAGGUCGCCAUGGCGACGGCAGGCGGCGGGCGGACUGUGCUGGUGCGGGGCCUGCCCCGCUCGGCCUCCGCCGCGGACCUGGAGCGCGAGUUUGGCCUGGCAGGGCCGGUUCGGCGGGCCGUGGCCGUCACGGAGCCCGGCAGUGGGACCUGUCGUGGGUUUGGCUUUGUUACUUUUUCCUUGCCGGAAGAUGCUCAGAGAGCCAUCCAGGAGAUCACAGCCUUUGGGAACCGCAAGAUUAAUGUAGCACUUGCUAAUCCAAAGCCAAGGCGGAAAGGGAAGAAGGAAGAAGAUGCCUCUGAGGCCCCCCAGCAAGUGCAGAAGUCCCAAAAGACAAAAGGAGCUUCAAAAAAAGCCAGGCUGAUUAUUCGCAACCUGAGUUUCAAGUGCACAGAAGAUGACCUGAAGGCUGCAUUUUCUCAGUUUGGUACUGUGCUGGAGACAACCGUCCCCAAGAAACCAGAUGGAAAGAUGCGAGGCUUUGCUUUUGUGCAGUUCAGGAAUGUCCUGGAAGCAGGGAAGGCUCUGAAGGGAAUGAACAUGAAGGAGAUCAAAGAGCGUCCGGUGGCUGUGGACUGGGCCGUGACCCGAGAGAAGUACCAAGCAAUGCAGGCUGCAGCCGCUCCCGCUGGGGCCCAGGAGAAGAAACUAAGCCAAGCCCAGCAGGAGGUCACAGUUGCGGAUGCUGCUGACGGUGGAGAUGGUGGUGAUGACAGAAGUUUGGCAGGUGCUGAGACGGUGAGGCAGGGCAGGUACUUUGAGCCCCAAAUUCCAUCAUCACCUCUGGAUAGUGAGGAGGAGGAGGAGGAGGAAGAGAGCUCAGAGGAGGAGGAGGAGGAGAAGCCUGGCAAAGCCAGGAGCUCUGACGAAGAUGCAGGAGAUAGCGAGGAGGAGGAAGGAGGAGAAGAAGCUGAUGCCCCCUCAAAGCAGAGAAAAGGCUGUAAGCUCCCUUCUUCGGAUGUCACUGAAGGAAAGACUAUCUUCAUCAGGAACUUGUCCUUCGAUAGCGAAGAGGAGGAGCUAGGGGAGCUCUUGGAGCCGUUUGGAGACCUGAAAUAUGUGCGGGUCGUGUUGCAUCCUGACACGGAGCACUCCAAAGGCUGUGCCUUUGCCCAAUUCCUGACCCAGGAAGCUGCCCAGAAAUGCCUGCAAGUGGCUCAGGAUGAGAGUGAGGGCGGAGGGCUGCGUCUGGGUGGCCGGCUCCUCCGAGUGGACCUCGCCGUCAGCCGAGAGGAAGCCCAGCAGCUGCGAAGCAAGAAGGUGAAGAAGCCCACCGGCACGCGGAACCUCUACCUGGCGCGCGAAGGCUUGAUCCGUUCUGGCACAAAAGCUGCUGAGGGGAUGAGUGCUGCUGACCUUGCCAAGAGGGCGCGGUUUGAGGAGCUGAAGCGGCAGAAGCUGAAGGACCAGAACAUCUUUGUUUCCCGUACGAGGCUCUGCGUCCACAACUUGCCCAAGAGCGUCGAUGAUGCCCGGCUCCGGAAGCUGAUGCUGCAAGCGGUUGAUGGCGUGCGCAAUGUGCAGGUCAAGGAGUGCCGUGUGAUGCGGGACCUGAAGGCGCCUGGUGGGAAGGGGCGGGGUCAGUCCCUGGGCUAUGCCUUCGUGGCGUUCCAGGAGCACGAGCACGCGUUGGCAGCCCUGCGCCACGUCAACAACAACCCACAGAUCUUUGGGGACCAAAAGCGGCCCAUUGUGGAAUUCUCCCUGGAGGAUCGGCGGAAACUCAAGCUGAAGGAGCAGCGAGCCCAGAACAGUCUGCAAAAGCUGAGGCAGAAGGCAGCGUCCAAGGAAUCGACAACCAGUGGGCCACCUGCUUCCAAAGAGCCAGCCCGGAGGGCCAGAAAGCGAAAGAAGCAGCCACCAAAGGCAGAAGAAGUGGGCAGGGCUGCUGAAGGGCACAAGGACCCCCCAGAGAAGAGGCUCAGGGGCUCCCCAGCAGCCCAGCAGCCCCCGGCGGCCUCCCAGCCCCUCUCAGGAGGGGCUCUUUCCUGGUCGGGCUUCCAGACGCGAGCGGAGGUGGAGCAAGUGGAAUUGCCAGGUGGCAAGAAGCGGCGCAAGGUCCUGGCUCUGCCCUCUCACCGGGGACCCAAGAUCAGGAAGCGGGACAAGGGCAAAGGGAAGCCGCCCCCUGCAAAGAAGCUGGUGCCCUCGGGCAAACCACAGAGGCAGGAGAAGCGGCUCCGAGAGGUGCCCAAGCAGGCACCCAAGAAGAAGCAGCGGGCAGGACGCAGCGAAGCAGAGGCCAGGUUUGAGCAGCUGGUGGAGCAGUAUAAGCACAAGAUCCUUGGCAGCGGCAAGAGCACUCUGGCAGCCAAGAGGAGCAAAUGGUUUGAGAGCUGAGUGGAAGCUCUGGAGCAGCGGAGGGAGGGAGGGAGGGAGGGAGGGAGGCAGGGGCAGCUCCUGCCACUUCCUCCAGCACCUUGGACUACUUGACUUAGCAAGGAUGGCUGGUCUGUGUGUGUGAGCGCAUACGUGUGCAGAGGGGAAAUCAGAAGUGCCAAGGGAGAGGAGGGCUUUGCUGGCCCAGGCAUCUUGCAGCAGAAGGCAGAAGCCUCAGGAAACACUUGAAUGAGACAGGAUUGUGACCAGCAACCACCACCACCAUCCCGCCUGGGUGAGAAGUAGGGGGGAGUGGAGGUGGGACUUUGCCCAAGGAGGAUCCUGUGCUUUUCCCCCCAGCUUCAGACAUUUUUAAUAAAAGUCUUUCCUUAGCGUGCCUCUUUAUAGAAGCAGGAGCGUCUUCGGGCAUGUUGGGGGUGUUCCAUUUUCAGCCUCUUGCAGCAGCGGAUACUCAGCCCUCUGUUGGAGAAAUAAUAUCUGCUGAACCGUUUCUUCUUCUUGAGAAGCCACCACAGUGGACUCUGGUGGCAGCCUGCUUCCCUUGGUCCAGGAACGGGGAACAUCGGUGGCCAUCCAGAUGCAGUCUCAUCAUCCCUGACCAUUAGGCACUAUUGCCCGGCAGGGGCUCAUGGGUGUUAAGAGUUCCCCAAUGCUCAAAGAGGAGUUAAGGUGCACAUAUGAAACACAAAAUAAAACAAACGUUUAACACACAUAUAUUGUUAAAUCAACAUGAAAUCACUGCUAGAAUUCUGCAUGUGGUAUUGAAUCAAUGCCCAUAUAACGUAAAGUGCAAAAAAAGCCAUAAAAUUCUGCAGCUGUAAUAAAUCAAUGCUUAGGCAAGAUGAGAUACCAAGACACAGUGCAGCCAAACACGAGUCUUCUUCAGUGGCCUUCUGAUUUACUAGGCAUACACUAUAAAGGGUAAAGGGUAAAAAUAUGUUAAGACAUUAAUUACUAACGGUGAGUGUCUGGAUGUUUAAAAAGAUAGAACAGCUGAGUGUUGGAAGAGGAUACUGUAAACCCACUGAACCUUACAUAUUACAACCAUUGAUAAGGGCUGAUUCAUUGGCAAUUCAAAAAGUCAAAAUCUGCAUAAAAAUAAUUUAAAAUUAGAAUUUAAUAAAAUGCAAUAAUAAUAAUAAAGCAAAGAUUUCGCCAUUGGUACAUAACAAUUUUUUCCUGUUGAUAUAUUUCUAAAAAUAGUAAGGUUUCACUGACAUUAUGCAUCCAUCCCACUGCUUUCAAUGCCGUAUCAGCCAAGGUAGUAUAGUCACUGCUGGGCCUAAAGAUGUGGCACAGCUGUGGAAUUUACUCCUCUAGCCACUAGGCACAUAACAUACCUCAGCUGGAGCUGCUCAGCAGUGAGAAGACAUGAUUCUCUAGAAAAGGCAAUCAUGCUGCGAAAAACAGAAGGGAGUAGAAAAAGAGGAAGGCCAAACGAGAGAUGGAUUGAUUCCAUAAAGGAAGCCACAGACCUGAACUUACAAGAUCUAAACAGGGUGGUUCAUGACAGAUGCUCUUGGAGGUCGCUGAUUCAUAGGGUCGCCAUGAGUUGUCGACUUGGAGGCACAUAACAACAACAACAACAUGCGAAGACGUCUUUGCUUUUUCUGUGUCCUGAAACUUCACGGUGGCCGUAGCUUUUAAAUUAGACUUAAUAACUGGGAUGGGAUUGGUUUUGGUUCAUGGAUGUGAAAGUUGGACAGUGAAAAAAGUGGAUAAGAGAAAAAUCAACUCAUUUGAAAUGUGUUGGAGGAGAGCUUUGCGGAUACCAUGGACUGCAAAAAAGACAAGGACAGGAUUCUGUCCUGGGGCCGAUACUCUUCAACAUUUUUAUCAAUGACUUAGAUGAUGGGGUGGAGGGAAGCCUUAUGAAGUUUGCGGAUGAUACGAAACUCGGAGGGAUAGCUAACGCAAUGGAAGACGGGAAUAAAAUCCAAAGGGUCCUGGAUAGACUAGAAAAUUGGGCUGAAAUUAAUAAAAUGACAUUCAAUAAAGACAAAUGCAAGAUUCUGCAUUUAGGCCACAAAAACAAAAUGCACAGGUACAGGAUGGGAAAUACCCGUCUUAGCAGUAGUGCGUGUGAGAAGGACCUUGGAAUUGUAGUGGAUCGCAAGUCGAACAUGACCCAGUAGUGUGAUGCUGCGGCAAAAAAGGCAAACGCGGUUUUGGGCUGCAUAAACAGAGCUAUAGUUUCCAGGUGGAGGGAAGUAAUAGUCCCACUAUAUUCUGCAUUAGUCAGGCCUCAUCUGGAAUACUGCAUUCAGUUCUGGGCGCCUCAUUUUAAGAAAGAUAUAGACAAGUUAGAGCGGGUUCAGAAGAGGGUGAAGAGGAUGAUAGCCGGUAUGGAGAACAAGUCUUAUGAGGAAAGGUUGAAGGAACUUGGCAUGUUCAGUCUGGUGAAGAGAAGGCUGAGGGGUGAUAUGAUUGCACUGUUUAAGUACCUGAAGGGCUGUCACAUAGAGGAGGGUACAGAUUUGUUCUCUGCUGCCCCAGAGGGUAGGACUAGGUCUAACGGUUUUAAGUUGCAGGAGCAUAGAUUCAGAUUGGACAUUAGAAGGAACUUCUUGACAGUAAGGGCAGUUCGGCAAUGGAACCGACUGCCUAGGGAGGUGGUGGGAUCCCCUUCGCUGGAUGUCUUCAAGCAGAGGCUGGACAGCUAUCUGCGGGAGAUGCUCUAGCUGUGGAUUUCCUGCUGUGAGCAGGGGGUUGGACUCGAUGGCCUACAAGGCCCCUUCCAACUCUAGGAUUCUAUGACAAAUAAUUGGGUGUUACAACAAAUUAAACCAGAACUAUCACUAGAAGCUAAAAUGAUGAAACUGAGGUUAUCAUACUUUGGACACAUAAUGAGAAGAUAUUCACUAGAAAAGACCAUAAUGCUGGGAAAAACAGAAGGGAGUAGAAAAAGAGGAAGGCCAAACAAGAGAUGGGUUGAUUCCAUCAAGAAAGCCACAGACCUGAACUUACAAGAUCUGAACGGUGGUUCAUGACAGAUGCUCUUGGAGGUCGCUGAUCCAUAGGGUCGCCAUAAGUCGUAAUCGACAUGAAGGCACAUAACAUGAACCAACUGAAUAUCUUAAGAAAAAUCAUUCAAUGUACAUAUUUCAAAAAUACAAAUCACAGAAAUGAAACCUCAUACUCUAUAAAGAACAGAUAAAUAAUAACCCAAAACAAUUAUUGCAGCACGGGUCCAGUUCAGGUCCUCAUUUAGUCCAUUUGGCACCAUUGUCUUCAAAGAGAAUGUCUAGAAAAGUUCCCUCCUUUUCAGUCUUGCUUCCAGUUGUCUUCUAAAAAAAACUUUCUCAAGAGUUCAGAAUCUUACAUCCUUUUCAGUAUGUCCACAACUUAUGUAAUGUUUUACCAUAGGGGCAUGUAAUCUAUUUUUAAUGCAACUCUUACGUUCACUAAUUCUCAUUUUGAUUCUUCUAGUUACAAUUCCUACGUAGAUAAAGUGUAGCAUGCUUUCUUAAAGCACACCCUGUACUUUGGUAGACUUUAUUAAACAGUUUACCAAUCGAGUGGAUAAUAAGAGGUAUGUCCUCAGAGGAUGUCACAAGGGGGUGGUGUGUGCUAUAAGUGGGUUUACAGUAUCCCAGCAAUCAGCUCUUUUGUUUUUUAACAUCCAGAGGCACUCACCAUUAGUAAUUAAUGACUUAACAUAUUU